AUGGGGAAUUCUCAGAGCUCGAAUAAGAUCUCUGCCCAGGACAGGGCGAUCCUUGACAUGAAAAUCCAGCGAGACAAACUGCGCCAAUAUCAGAAACGAAUUACAGUGAUAACCACCCGCGAAACCGAGAUUGCCCGCGAAUGCCUCGCGAAAGGCGACAAAGCCAAGGCACUCCUCGCUCUCCGCCGGAAAAAGUACCAGGAAUCGCUCCUCUCGAAAACGGACUCUCAGUUGGAGCAACUCGAGAAGCUGACGAGCAGCGUUGAAUUCGCGCAGGUGCAAAAGGACGUGGUGUUUGGUCUUCAACAAGGCACACAGGUACUGAACAUGAUACACAAGGAAAUGGGCGGGCUGGAAGGCGUAGAGAAAAUGAUGGCCGAUACGGAGGAAGCGAGAAGGUAUCAGGAGGAAAUCAGCGAGGCUCUCGCAGGGCAGAUGUCGAAUGAGGAUGAGGACGAAGUAGAGGAUGAGCUUGAGGCCAUGGAGAGGGAGGUGACUGGUGUCAAUGUUCUGCCAGACGCUCCAAACAAGACAAUCGUGGGAGAAGGCAUCUUGCCCGAAGUCCCCAAGACCGAACUUGAACUGGAGCAGGACAGGCUACAGAAACAGAAAGAGAGGGCUAGGCAGAGGAGGGUGGCACUGGAGGCUUGA